AUGCACCACCGAAUUUGUGGUGAGGACGUCAUGCACGACUUUUAUUACACCAAGCUAUUGGUCGACGAGUCCAAGUUCAAGCCUCGCGUGGGACUCCUUUGCGUGGACGUAUUGGAUUCCGAGGCUGCCGGGCACCCAGUUGUACUGGAGCGAGACAUCACUGAGGAUCAGGUCCAAGACUGGCUUGCCCAAGAUGACCCUCCAUCGUCACAGAGCAGUCAAGAUGGCAAUCAGGGGAGAGUUCGCAGCCGACUCCGCGUGCUGAUUGGCAGCCCGGAGCAACACUCAAGCGAUGCAGAGAUUCUACCGCUACCAAUGUCCCGCGAGACGUUCGAGGCAGUCAGAACCACGUGGAACAUGCCUAAGGAGCUGUUGCGCAUGAUGUUAAGUACCCUGCCGAUCGCCACGCCGAUUCAGACGCUGAAUGACUUGGCACAACCCGUCAACGGCCUGAUGAUGAGAAGCGCCAGAUCAAGAGACUGGAACUUCUGUCUCGGACUAGUCCACAAUGCCGAGACUGGAACGGUCCAUGCGAUUGUCAACGGAUUGCAGGGGGAAGAGAUCGCCCAGUUGCUGACGUGUCUGCGAGAAUCACGCUCAUGUCUGUCCGAGCCAAUGUUGCUACCUAUUUUCUUGCUCGAGCUCAAAGUCCACUACUUCGCAGUCCUGCUGGAGAACCGAGCGGAAAGGAUUGAAGGGAUUGAGCUGGACACCGGAAUGAAGCACGAGUUCUCUCUGAGUGCGAAACGGAAAGAGGCAAGACAUAGGGAAAGAGAGAAGCUACUCAAGGACCUUAACUUCGAUGAGAUCACUCAGAAGUUGACAGGCGGUACAGGCACUUUGGCGUUCUGCGAUAUGACCUUUGCCUCUAGCUUGAGAGCGUUAGAGCGUGUCUGCUUGGUCAAGGAACGAAUUCGCUGUCUUCGCAACCACCGGCCGGAUAGAAUCAAUGCUGCCGGCGCCAACGCCGUCGAUACACGGAUAGCAUACCUCCGAGAGCUGAUUGUUGGGGCCCAGGCGCACAGUGGAGUGUUGUCGGCGAGAACAAAGGCUCAGGUUCAAACGGUCUACAGCAUGAUCGGUCAAAAAGACAACAAGCUCAACAUCGAAACGGCAGCAGCGUCCCGAGAUAUUGCAGAGAUCAGCCUUCGCCACAACACUGCCAUGAAAGAAAUGGCCGUAGACUCACGGAACAUCGCCAUACUCACUCGGCAAGACAGCACAGAUAUGCGUAUUAUCGCGGUCGUCACACUGCUAUUUCUACCUGGGACUUUCAUGGCGGCACUGUUCAGCGCCGACUUCUUCGAUUUCUCUCCAAGAGAUACCAAUGAGGUCGUUUCCAAGUGGAUUUGGCUCUAUUUUGUCUUGACAGGUGCUGCCACUCUUGUCGUCUUCGGUGGCUGGUACCUGUUUUCACACAGACAGAACAAGAAGAUAGUGGCUGCGAUGAACACUGAUGCACGCCCUCCGUUGAUGAGCGAUCGCGAUGACCUUGAAUCUGGCAUCACAGCCUUGCCGGCACCACCAGACGCAAGGCCAUUGUGGACGGCGCGCUCAAUGUCAACCGGGGAGAUGGAACUCGUCUCCUCUUUUGGACGCUCGGCAGAUGCUCUCAAAUAG